AUGGAGGACGAGGGCAACCACGGCAACGACGAGACGCGCUGCUUCAUCCUGUCGACGCUGGCCGCGCACCAGCUCAACCGCACCGCCUGCCUGCUGUGCGGCGCCGCCAUGGCCGUGUUCGACCGCUACCCGCUGGUGGACGGCACCUUCUUCCUCACGCCCCGCAAGCACUCGGCCGCCUGCCUCGCGACCAAGGUGGACGGCCGCACGCAGUACCUGUCGGCGGUGUGCAUGGGCUGCAUGGAGAACAAGAAGGUGACCUGCCGGGCGUGCGCCGUGCCCUGGGACGGCACCUCCCUGGUGCUGGGCACCAUGUACUCCUACGACAUCUUCGCGGCCAUGCCCUGCUGCCCGGAGCGCUACAAGUGCAACUCCUGCAAGAAGCCGCUGCUGUCGGCCUUCCAGCGCCUCAACUACUUCUCGGACUACAGCCAGGACGUGGCCUGCCCGCACUGCGGCGUGAGCGACCACCACUUCAUCAAGAGCUUGACGGGUAGCUACCACCUGACCCCAUAACAUGAGGAGCCUCUGCACUCCUUCGGGGGUGCGGAGGACGCCGCGGACCUCGCGGCGCACUCGGACAUACCCUUCAGGCCGCGCCUCAACGCGCAGAUCGUCAAAAGCCCCUCCAUGAGCGCCGACUCCCUGGCC